AUGCACAUCACUCAGACCUUUGCACAAUUCCUUCUUAUGGCCACCAUGGCCGCCGGCCUGCCCCAGCCCACCGCCAACGAGCCUGAGGCGCAGGACAUCGAGAAGCGUAUCGAACUCAGCCCUGAAGGGUCAGACCCCUUGAAGUGGUGCAGCCAGCACCGCCCCGCCAAGGACGAGCUCCAGCUGAUCAGCUUCGUGGGCCACUACACCCAUUUCAACGGCCAAAAGAUCGGCUCCCACGCCUCCCAAGGCUGGGCCUAUCUCCUCGACCAGUCGUGCAGCCGUCUCGUCCACGUGGCCCCGUACGAGCCCAUAGGCAGCGGCGCCGGCCACAAGGCCUUGAUGGGAAUGUCCUACGACGGCGCCGGCCCCGAGCCCGGCUGGCAGAUCACCAUCGAAGCGAUCGCCCGCUAUCUGGGCCCCAACCAGGGAGCCGCCAGUGCCAUUGUCAGCAUCAACGGGGAGAAGAAGCCAAGUGUCUGCACCGGUCCCAAGAGCGACAGAAACAAGCUGAACGUCAACAAAUACAGCGUCUGCAACUUCAAGCCCGGCUCCGUCUGGCCCAAGCCCUGGUGGCCUUACGGCAACGGCUACAACUAG